UCCACUCCUCUACAGUUCCUAAUCAUCACUGCUAUCGUGGCAAUGGCACCGAGUACAGAGGUACUGCCAAGACGACCAUUUCUGGACAUAGCUGCUUGCCGUGGAAUUCAGACUUACUCUACCGGGAGCUUCAUGUUGACAGCGUUGAGAAAGCAGUACAGUUAGGCUUGGGGCCCUUCUCUUACUGCAGAAAUCCAGAUGAAGAUGAGAAGCCGUGGUGUUACAUCAUGAAGGACAACAGUUUGUCUUGGGAAUACUGUAACAUUACGUCCUGUGCAAGCAGGGAAAGGAGGCCACCAGUUCUGGAAGAUAUUGACACUUUUGCAGUUCCCAGAAGGCCAUGUGGGAGAAGGCACAAAAAAAGAAGUUUUGUGAGACCUAGGAUUAUUGGAGGAUCUUCAUCUUUGCCUGGAUCUCAUCCCUGGACAGCAGCUAUAUAUAUUGGAGAGAGUUUCUGCGCUGGGACUCUUAUUCAGACUUGCUGGGUUGUGUCAGCAGCACACUGCUUUGCUAACAGUCCUCAAAAAUCCUCUAUUAAAGUUGUUCUUGGUCAGCACUUCUUUAAUAGAACAACCGAUGUAACACAAACAUUUGAAAUAGAGAAAUACAUCUUAUAUCCUCAGUAUUCAGUGUUCAGACCUACUGAACAUGAUAUUGCCUUGAUUAAGCUGAAGAAGAAUGGCCAACGCUGUGCUGUCAAGUCCCAGUUUGUUCAGCCCAUCUGCCUGCCAGAAAGUAACACCGUUUUCCCCGAUCAGUUCAAGUGUCAGAUUUCUGGAUGGGGGCAUAAGCAUGAAAAUAUAACUGGUUAUUCAGAUGUACUGCAAGAAACACUGAUUCCAAUUAUUCCUGAGGAGAAGUGCAGAAGCCCUGAAAUUUAUGGAACAGAAAUCAGUGAGAAUAUGUUCUGUGCUGGCUACUUUGACAGCAAAUCUGAUGCUUGUCAGGGAGAUUCUGGUGGACCUCUGGCCUGUGAGAAUAAUGAAAUCUCUUACCUUUAUGGAGUCAUCAGCUGGGGAGAUGGCUGUGGCAGAGUCAACAAGCCUGGAGUAUAUACAAGAGUAACAAACUAUGUAAAUUGGAUUAAUGAGAGGAUAGCCCCUCGAAAAACUAGCUGAACAUUUAACUAUGAUAUCAUUUCAAGUAGGGUCCAGGAGCCUUUCAGUUUCAUUAAAGUGACAUAACUAUUUUAUUAUAAGUUAGUAUGAAAAUUAUUGUGGUAAUUCUUAGAAAUUCCAAACCAGACCACUAAAAAUAGCCCUCAUCCCUCUGAUAUCAGUAACUCUGAGCUGCAGUUUUAGAGCUGUGGAUAGCUCAACAUGUGAGACUGUCUUUAUUUGUCUUAAUAAAGCUAACAUGUCAAGAUUAAGUGUACUGACAUCUACAACUGUUUGUCUUUUGGUGGAUUACAUGACAAUAAGUAUUUAGAAGUUUCUGGCGGAGUUGUCAUCCCCUAAAACAACCUGUAACAAUGUUGCCCUUGUAUUUUCAGACGUUAACAAAAUAAAAAGGACGAAGCCAAAAAGAAAAUUA